AUGGCGGAAACAGCAGGACAACAGCAGUACCCCAACCUGAACCCACACACCUCGACCAACGGUGACAGUGAGGUAUGUGCUGUGCUUUCUUUCCCUCGCGCCUGCCGAUUGGUGAAGAAUGAGGCUGCCUGGAGAGAAGAGAGCGGAAAGACCACCAAACCCGCCUCCGCCAUGCAAUCCCUCACCUCCGGCCCCGUAGCCGAAAAAGCCAAAGCAGAAGCCGACGCCACGAAAACCGAGCUCUCCAACCUGGCCGCCGCGCGCACCACCCCCGACCGCACCACCGCCAGCGGCCAAAAGCUCACCCACUACCACUCCUUCUUCUACGAGCUGCUCUCCUGGUCCAACCCGCGCGCCACCGCCAUCGCCUACACCCUCGUCUCCCUCCUCAUCGUCGCCGCUCGCUACCUGCCCAUCACUCGCUAUGCUUUGAAGGGGACGUACAUUGUUCUCGGAAUCACGGCUGCCGCGGAGGUGGCUGGCAAGGUAGUGUUGGGUGAGGGUUUCGCUACGAAGAUCCGGCCUAAGAAGUACUACACUAUUCCUCAUGAGACGCUGGAGAGCGUGAUGGAGGAUCUGGUGGAGCUGGGCAACUUCUUCGUCAUUGAGUUCCAGCGCGUGGUGUUUGCUGAGAAUGUCGAGGUGACUAUUGGCGUCUUCCUCGCCGCCUUCCUCACCUACUUCCUCGUCAAAAUCACCCCCACCUGGGGCCUCGCCCUCCUCUUCACCACCCUCGCCUUCUUCGUGCCCCUCAUCUACGUCUCCAACCAGGAGCUCAUCGACCAUCAAAUCGCCAACGGCAAAGACCUCUUCAACCAGCAGGCAAACCAAGUCUCCGACCUCGUGAACCAGCACGCCGGCUCCGCAAUCGAGACCACCCAGGCUGCGCUGAAGGAGUACUCGGCCAAGGCGGGUGAGCUGAUGGGCACUGCCAAGAAGGCUGCGGUCGAGAAGGGUGUUGUCACUCAGGAGACUGCGGAUAAACUUCCUGGUGCUACGACUGCGACUACGACGGCUAAUGGUUCCGCGACGGGCGUGACGAAGGAGGACUUUCCCUCUGCGCCUCGUGUUGAGCCGAUUGUCAAGACUGAGACUGGUACGACGGGGGAGAAGGAGCCUCUGUUGGCUUAGAUGGGGCUAUUCGUGGAGCCAGGGCUGUUGGGCGACUCUUGAACCAUGGCUUCCGGCAAGAAUGAAACGAACUUGAGGGGGAGAGUAACGACGGAGAAGGCACGAGCAAAAAGACAUGAUUCGGAUGUUCCAUUUGGCGGUGAUGAACACGAGAGAGGAGGAGGGUAUGAGCAUGGCUGUACGAUUACCUUUGUGUUACCUCCCUAUAACAAGCGUUUGCAUUUGUGGGCACAUUCUCUCCUUUUCCUUUCUUGUUGAUGCUGGCGUUUAUUCCUAACACAUCAGCCCAACGGCGCCCUCUCAACAC